AUGACCACCACAAACAAGCAGCAAAAUUUCGAUGUCGUCGAUACAUACAAGCGUUUACUGGCAGAUGACCCAGAGCUAACCAUGCCUGUCGCCGCCAUCGAAGCUCUCGUCCUCGCUCUUGCCCACACCCCCGCGACCACCGUCUCCGAAACUCUGGACCUGUUAUCCACCCUCACAGCCGAACUGAAGGCCCGCAUUCCCAACCCCAUUUCCCUCUCCGCCGGUACCGAUUUGUUCCAACGCUACAUCAUCACCACUUUGCAAAAGCCCAGCGCUGGUCGCAACAGUGACUUCGACACCAUCCGCACACAUCUGGUCCAGAACGGUCGCCUGUUCGUCGAGCGCGCGAAGGAGGCCCGUGACAAGAUUGCUGGUUUCGGUAGACAUUUCGUUCGCGACGGCAACACCGUCUUGACGAAUGGUGGUUCGCGUGUCGUUGGUGCUCUCUUGCGCUCAGCCGCCGAGACAAGUGCUGGUUUCGGUGCUCAAGGCAGCAUCCGUUUCCGCGUCAUCUACGUCGUCUCCGAUUCCUCGGAUGCCGAGAGCAGUGAGAACAUUGCUCAAUUGCGCAAACUCGGCAUUCCUGUCGCCACUAUACCUCCUACCGCCAUCGCAUACAGUUUGAACCAGGUCUCACAAUGUUUCGUCGGUGCUGAGGGUGUUGUGGAGAACGGUGGUAUCAUCAGCAGGUUGGGUACCUAUCAGAUCGCUAUGCUGGCCAAGGCUGCAAACAAGCCUUUCUACGUCGUCUCUGAAAGCCACAAGUUCGUCAGACUAUAUCCCCUCGGUCAGACUGACUUGGGUAUCGAUCAAAAUAUUGUCGAAUUCAAGACUACUGGAGACUCUGGCAGUGCCAGUGGAAGUGUUUCUGCAAAGGACGAGGGUGUCGCUGAUAUGGAUUCUCAAUCUGACGUCGGUGUCUCUGACAGUGUGGCUAACAAUGACGCCGUUGACUUUACACCUCCUAACCUCAUCUCUGGUAUCAUCACCGAGUCUGGUGUCUUGUUGCCAUCUGCUGUCAGUGAAGAGCUCAUCAAGAUCUGGUUCUAG